UUCUCUAAAUCGAUUGAAUUGAGAACUGGAAAAAUAAAAACGGAAUAGUCGAAGUGUAAAUACGAAUUAAAAAUAAGUUUUUUAAAAUUAUCUUUUUAAAUUGAUAAAACAGUUAAAAUAAUAAUUAUAAUUGUGUUGAGAAAUUAAUUGAAUCAGUUUUAAUUUGUCGCCCAAGUAAGAUAGAGUUGAAAAAACGAAAGUUGUAAAUUGGUUUUUCCAAUUAAAUAAAAUACCAAAUCUUUUAAAAGACAAAGCAUAGAUUUUUGAAAUGAGGCUAUUAAUGUGCAUUGCAGUUUUGAUUGCAGCUGUAGCUGCCAAAGAUGAAUGUCGUGAUAAUGUUCAACUAGCAUGUUCCCAAAGUGGUUCCGUGAAAUGUAAUGCAUUGUAUGGUGGUUUCAAGCAUGCAGAAAGAUCUUUGCAAGAAUAUGCUAACAAUCAAUUGGCUGCCUCAUUCGAUUAUAUGAUUUUGGCUAGUCGUUUUAAUUCUUAUCAAAAAAAUCGACCAGGUUUUAACAAAUUAUUACAAGGUUUAUCUGAUAAAGCUUGGGAACGUUCAAUUGAUUUAAUUAAACAUAUUGCAAAACGUGGAGGUGAAAUGAUGUUUGGUUUAGAUGAUUCAAAUGAAAGAGAAGAUAAUUCAAAUUUGGGAAGAAAAGUUUUAGAAGUUGAUGAACUUGAAGCAUUAUCAAUUGCUUUGGAUACAGAAAAAAGAUUAACAGACAAAGCAUUCCAUAUUCAUCGUAGUGUUUCACAUGCUCAUCAUUUAAAACCUGAAGAUGAACAUUACACAACUGGUGAAAUGAAAUACGAUCCUGAAAUAUCACAGUAUAUGGAAGAAGAAUUCUUAGAAUAUCAAACAGACACAAUUCGUAAGUUAUCUGGUUACACAAAUGAUUUGGCCAAAUUAAUGAGUGUAAAAGAGCCAUCCUUAUCAGUUUAUCUUUUCGAUGAAUACUUGGCUAAAGAAUAAAAAAUUUGUUGUCAAUAUAAGAAGCACAUACAACAUAAUAUGUAUAUUUUUUUUUUAAAUAAUUAAAAAAAAAAUUGGGGUAAAUAAUUAUUUAAAAUUCAAAAAGUUAAGAAAAUUAAGUAUUUUUGUACAAUUUAAAUUACAUUUUAUAAUAUCUACCUUGUUUUGUAUCAACUUUUAUAUUUUUUAUUUUACAAAAUGUGUUUGAAAGAGCAAAUGUUUGGUUUGAUUUUUCUUGAAAUUAUGAAAAUUUUUAAUAUUAUAAUUUUGUGAUACUGUAAAAACUAAGAAAUAAAUUUAUUAAUAAAUAAUAAAUAAAUCACAAAAACGAAA